GAUCACCACUACAUCCACUAGAAUGAUGGAUAGAAGAGAAUAUCAACUGUUUCUAAGAGAACCCAAUCUAGAGUUUGAUAUCAAAGUGGAAAUCGAGAGUAAUUGUGGUACAAACUUGGAUAAGUAUAUGUUAAAUAAAUUAAAUUAUUAUGAUUAUGACCGUAACACGUCAUUCAAUCAGUAUAAAAACCCAAUCCGAUAUCCAUCAAAAUCUUCAUCGCCAUCAUUCUUAUCAUCAUCAUCACCACCUUCACAAUCGAUACAGAGAAUGUCACCUAAACCUGCUGUUAUGCUGCCUUACAUUCUACCAAAUUUGGACACAAAAUUGUUGACUGAAAAUCCUAGUAGGCUACUUUGUCUACUGGAGGAAAUGUUACUAUCUCGUGGUCUUUACAUGGUUCCGUUUCAAUCACCAACUCACAGUUAUCGAAUUGGUAAACAGUUAGGUGGCUUUAAUUCGAAUGAAAUGAUUGCAUAUCGUGGAGGUCGUAGAAAUGAUGCACUUUAUGAAGACAAUGAUAUCGCAUUUCUCGGCAGUCGCAGUGAAGGCGGUCAAAAUGUUACUUGA